CUGUUUAGAUCUAGCAUACCUGGCAAGUGACGUGCUUGGAUGGUUAUAUAGUAAAAAGUACUUCGAUAAAUAGGUGCAAGAACAGGCAAAGUAUAUAGCGAAAUAUCUCGAGAAAUCUAUGGAAAAGGUUUUAUCAGAAAGGAAGUGGUUAACCCAAGAAUCUCGAGAGAGUGCCAAGAAUAUAAUUAAGAAACUGAGUAAGAAAGUCCAUGUAGGUUCCCAACAUUCACAACAGGCGGAAGCUAAAUUGAUUAAAAGAUAUGAAAAUCUAAAACUCUCAGACAAUUUUCUCGAAAAUACUUUUGCUUUAAAGAAGAGACGUACACAAUUAAUAAUUUCGGACAUGUUGAAGAAUGAUAUGAACCAGGUCUCAGACAUGGAUAUACAAGCUGUCUAUUAUGUGGUAAAUAAUUCAAUUCAUAUCCCCAUCGCUAUGCUGCAGCCACCAGUAUUCUAUAAAGGAGCGCCUAUUAUACACAUGAACACAGCAACACAAACUUCACAACUUGAGAAGCAAACAGAGCACACUGCCUCACGAAUGGCACCACUACCUCUCAAUGCAAACGCAACCGUGUGCUGUCAUGUUUUGAGAACUAGAGAACAAGCCCCAGAACUAUUUGAAACCACCUUGUAUAAGAGCGAAUAUUUACGUAUAUGA